AUGCCGUCACAGGGAGGAUCAGAUUCGGUGCAGGAGUGGCUUCGUUUGCGAGCAUUGGCAAGAUACUUCGCUCCAUACAACAUCACUGCCGACGAUGUCAAUGCCGACCACGGCGAACCGGCCCCGCCGUCACUGGCCAAAAGCCCGCUCCUGACAGCCGUCACGCAGAAUGGCGCUCUACGUAUGAACUGCGACCGCGCCUUUGUCUCGCUCAUCGACUCGUCGACGCAAUACAUCCUCGCCGAAGCCACUAGGUCCAUCUCUAUCCGCGACUCGACCAGUUUUGCCCACCCUCAAGAUGCUCUGUUUCUUGGUGUGCAGAACCUGAAUAAAGAAUAUGGCAUCUGUCCGCAGUCAGUCGCCAUCUUCACUGAUCGCACCGGUCGACGGGCCGUCAAUACCCAUGAUGUUGUCGCCAAUACCACACGCUAUGUCAUUCGCGACUUGAGAGAGAUGGACCAGUAUAGACACUGCCCCUACGUUGUUGGCUUCCCUCACAUGGUCUCUUAUGCUGAGGUGCCUGUCAAGAGCGCUUCGGGCCAUAUCCUCGGAACAUACUGUGUCAUGGACAACAAGAUUCGCGAUGACUUCUUCGACGACAGCACCAUUGAAAUACUGAACGACAUUGCAGCCUGCAUCACUGAACAAUUGGAGCUUCAUGCCAUCAAGCAAGAGUCGGGACGAGGAGUACAAAUGAUGAGGGGCUUGUCCGACUUCAUCGAAAGCAGACGCUCAGGAACGGAAAGCACAAAUGUCUCACGAAAGGGCUCGUUGAGUAAUGCCGUAGACUACUUUGACAGCCAGCAGCAAAAGCUGGAAUCACGAACAUCAUCGUCCGCUUCGCCAGACUCCCAGAAACAGACUUCUGAUGAUUCUGCAAAACAGACCCCCACUCCGCCAACGCCUCGAGAAGACCUCUUCUCCGUCAAAAGUCCUGGAGUCUGCGAACCUGCCUUGGACAUGUCGAACAAACCAUUUGCUGGCUGUCAAACCAUGAAGGAUAUCUAUUCGGGAGCCGCUCAUCUUAUCCGGGACGCCAUUGACAUUGAAGGACUGGUCUUCCUGCAUGGAUCUACUGAUGACGCAAUGACGAGUCUCGAUCAAUCUUUGACCAAGCCGACAAUAACAAUCAACGCUUCUGACACUAACGCAACAUCAUCACUCUGUGAAGUCCUCGGAAGCUCAGUCGUACCCGGCGGCUGCAACCUUGGCACUCUACACCAGCCCUUGGUCAUACAUGACACCGCGCUUCGCUAUCUCAUCAAGAACUUUCCCCGAGGCUGCGUCUUUGUUUCCGACACUCAAGGCAAUCCUGUCUUUGACAAAGACGGCGCUUUCAUUGCUCAGACCUAUACCCAACAGAAUUCAUCUGCGGCCGUCGAGGUAUCUAGUGAGCUGCAGGCAUUGAUCCGCAAAGCCCGAUCAUUGAUCUUUCUUCCUCUUUGGGACUCGACGCAGGAGAAAUUUAUAGUAGGCAUGCUUGGCUGGACCAGCGAUCCUACAAGAGUACUUGCAGAGCAGGAUAUGACCUGUCUGUCUGCCUUUGGAAACACUUUCAUGACCGAGAUUGCAAGGACAGAAAUGACCGAAUUGGCACGCGCCAAAUCAGACUUCUUAUCUUCAAUCAGUCACGAACUUCGCUCGCCCCUUCAUGGCAUCCAUGCCGCUGUCGACCUUCUGCAAGAUCCCGAACACGACUCCAGAGCUGAAUUGGUAGAAAUGAUACAGAGCUGUUCUUCGACGCUACUAGACACUUUGAAUCAUGUUCUGGACUUUUCACGGGUUAGCAAACUUACAGAUGUCAAGAUUGAGGCACAGCCUCUCACUUCUGGUGAGACUGCCGAUGUCACCAAUGCCUUUGGUGAUUUGACACAGGAAUAUCUGUGUGACCUGGUACUAUCAGUGGUUGAAGGAGUACAUUUCGGUCAAGCCUCGCGAAAAGCCACGUUUGAAAAGCUACAGAACACCAUCGUCAACCACGCUGCCAAGUCACAUCUCUCGUCGGACACGACGUCGCUCGAUGUUGCCAGCAAUAAUGACACACUUUCGCAAGGCCCUGAAGCUGUCGCCGUCUAUGUGAAUAUUGAAAGCCGAUCAGACUGGUGUAUGAUGGUUCCCGCUGGCGCUUGGAAACGCUUGGUCAUGAAUCUUUUCGCCAACGCUAUGAAAUAUACUGAACAGGGAUUUGUCGAGGUUUCUUUGAAGAUAGUGCAAGAUCCAAGCGUCCCUACCACGCGAUGUGCCCAUCUCACGGUCAGUGACACUGGUAUCGGUAUGAGUUCUGAUUUCUUGGAUCGCUUGUAUCAGCCAUUUGUCCAAGAGAAUCCGAUCGCUGAUGGUACUGGGCUUGGACUCAGUAUUGUCAAGAAGAUUGUCGAGGACUUGCAAGGCACUAUUGAAGUACAAAGCACACAAGGCGUUGGUACACGCUUUGAUGUCUUGAUUCCUGUCCCGGACUCGGACCCAUCGGAUGAGACUCGUCCCGUGGGUGGGCAAAGAUUGGAUCCAAAUGCAACGCUUAAGGGUCGGACUAUCUGCUUGUUAUCACCUUCUGGCAUACAUACGGACAAAACGACUCAGAAUGCGUUGCAACUUCGACGCACUGCAACCAUGCAAUCGUAUGUGCGCUCGGUUGCUGAUUCGUGGUUUGGCAUGGAUGUCACUACUAGCGACAACCUUGAGGGCCUUGAUGCUGACAUCCUCCUGGUUGAGGAGACAUAUCUCGCCAGCCUGAUAGCCACCAACCCGGGUAUCUUAAACAAGCUCAGCAAACAGCGCAUAGUCUUGGUUGAUGCUCAAUCGUCUCACAAUCCUAACAAGCUUCGAUUCCCUGGCAGCACUGUCAAUCUGUCUUACCCGCUUAGUCCAAAAGCACUUGUCCGUGCUUUUACAGCUAGCUUGACCUCUAGCGUUCAGCAUCGGGCCCUGCCGUUGAGAUCGCUUUCACCAGUGCGCCAUGAGCAGGACACAACUCAACCGAUCAGUCAAUCUCCUACCAAGAUUGCCAAAGACAGUCCGCAAGACCAGAGUCCCGCUCACGAAACUAUCGCAACACAAGACAAACAACACUUCCUUCUCGUCGACGACAACGCAAUAAACCUCCGUCUCCUCUCCACCUUCAUGAAAAAGCUCAACUUCACCUCCGAAACCGCCGUCAACGGUCUCGAGGCAUUUGAAAAGUUUAAAACCUCGUCUUUACCAUUUACAACUAUUCUCAUGGAUAUUAGUAUGCCUGUCAUGAAUGGUUACGAGUCUAGUCGAGCAAUAAGAGGUUAUGAGAAGGAAGGGGGAAUGGAGAAGGUAAGGAUCAUCGCGUUGACGGGGUUGGGGUCGGAGGCUUCGAAGUUGGAGGCUAAGGCUAGUGGGAUUGAUGAGUUUUAUACUAAGCCGGUUAAAUUCGAUGCAUUGAAGGAGUUAUUGCAGAAG